AUGCCCAAACCAAAGGCGUCGAAACCCUCAAAAGCGCCCCCAACAGCACCGCCGCCGACUAAAGUCGCACCUCCAGAUUGGCCCCAAUUCAAGCCGUCACUACCCGUCGUCGACCUGACACCAGAGCUUCACCCUGCAACGUCAAAGAUCGCAACAAUAGCAUCAUUCUUUCCUAAAUCACUGUGCAGGGACUACGUGACGUUCCUCAAAACUCUGCCCCUACAGACGACGCCUGGAAAGCCAAAGCGCGGGGAGGCCGUUCGCGUGAAUGAUCGUUUUCAAAUCGAUGAUGCAGUCUUUGCGAGGAGACUUUGGGAAUCUACGGGGUUGAAGGAGGCGUUGACUGAAAAUGAAGACCUCAGGCAUUUAUGGGGCGGUGAGCCAGUAGGCUUGAAUCCAAAUAUACGAGUAUAUCGAUAUUCAAAGGGUCAAUAUUUCGACUGCCAUUAUGACGAUUCCAACAAUUUGACGUUACCGACGGAGCCGCCCAAGGCUGUACGUACGACAUGGACCCUACUCUUGUACCUCACAUCUUCUUCUGAGGGCUGUGUUGGUGGAGAAACCGUCUUUUAUCCUAAUGAUCAGAAAUUGCCGUCAGAAGAAAUAGCUGUAUCACUGGAAACAGGCACUCUGCUUCUGCAUAAACAUGGCGAAGACUGCCUAUUGCAUGAAGGACGCGAAGUGAAGGCGGGCGAGAAAUGGGUUCUCCGCACUGACUUGUGCAUUGAAAGAUGA